AAUACAGUAAGUCAUGCCACUCCACGUAAAGCAGUUCGACCAGGGCGUUAAAAACGCGGCAUAUAGCCUCACGCGAUCGGCCAAAGAGCGGCAUCAUGUCGUAGUAGCGGCGAGGAUAGCACAGACGAUUCAGUACAACACACAAGGCUUCGAUUCGAAGACAACGGUCACCUUCGGCGGUCACCAGAACAUGGGGUAUGCGAAGGCGGGUAUUCAGUUGGUGCACGCCAAGGACAUCGAAACGAAACUUGAGCACGCUGUCAGCGUCGGUCAUGUUCACAAGGCUAAAUCAUGUGUUUGGUACGAUGGGACGCUCGACAGCACAGUGCAGGAGACGAAGUAGUCUCAUACGCUGUUUAAACGAAAGGCCGGGUCUUCGACGAACAGGAGCACCAAGCUCCUCGACAGUCAGCAUGGGACUUUGGCCGCGCACGCCUGUGGGGAUUAC